AGAGAGUUCCGUUCUGUCGGAUUAAUACCGGAAAUAAACACUGCAGUCAAUGGGAGAACAGAAUGUGUUCUAGUUAAUCGCAUCAUUUUUUUUAGAGACGGAGUCUGAAGUUGUCGUUGCACGAUGAAUCGACCGAAGCCUCCCACAAUUAGGCGUCCGAGUACCGCAAAGCCAUCAGGACACCCGCCUCCUGGAGAUUUUAUAGCCCUUGGAUCAAAAAGCCAGGCAAGUGAGCCAAAGGCCCCAGCUGUGCUCUUGAAACCCACCUCUGCUGGUCUUCCCGCUGACCGCAAGAGAGAGACCUCGUCGGCGCUGCCGUCCUCGUCCGGGUUAGCUGGACUAGCCAAGAGGCCCAAGCUUUCUGCUACUCCCCCAGUCAGUGCUCUGGGCCGGUUGGCCGACGUAGCCGCUGUGGACAAGAGAGCCAUAUCACCCUCGAUAAAGGAACCCUCCGUUGUGCCUAUUGAAGUUCCGCCUGCGGCACUUCUGGACGAGAUCGAGGCAGCAGAGUCGGAGGGUAAUGACGACCGCAUCGAAGGGGUACUAUGCGGAGCCGUCAAGCAGCUGAAGAUGAACCGUGCCAAGCCUGACAUCACGCUGUACCUGAGCCUCAUGUACCUGGCCAAGAUCAAGCCCAACGUCUUUGCCACGGAAGGCGUCAUAGAGGCCCUGUGUAGCCUUCUGCGACGCGACGCAUCCAUCAACUUCAAAGCCAAGGGGAACAGCCUGGUGUCGGUGCUGGCCUGUAACCUGCUCAUGGCCGCCUACGAGGAGGACGAGAACUGGCCCGAGAUCUUCGUCAAAGUUUAUAUUGAGGACUCUUUGGGCGAGCGCAUUUGGGUGGACAGCUGCCACUGUAAGACUUUUGUGGACAACAUCCAGACAGCCUUUGCCACCCGUAUGCCCCCGAAGAGCAUGCUGCUACAGGCUGAUGCUGGCCGCUCGGCAGGAGACCUCAGCGCAGGGAGCAGCCCCCACCCCUCCACUCCAGAUGAGGAUGACGCCCAGACAGAGCUGCUGAUAGCGGAGGAGAAGCAAAGCCCUGAGGAUGAUGGACAGGUGAUGCCCAGGUACGAGGAGCUGGCCGAGAGCGUGGAGGACUACGUGCUGGAUGUUCUACGUGACCAGCUGAACCGACGGCAGCCCAUGGACAACGUGUCACGGAACCUGCUGCGUUUGCUGACGGCCACUUGCGGCUACAAGGAGGUGCGGCUCAUGGCUGUGCAGAGGCUGGAGAUGUGGCUGCAGAACCCUAAGCUGACCCGCCCCGCCCAGGACCUGCUGAUGUCCCUCUGCAUGAACUGUAACAGCCACGGGGCGGACGACAUGGAGGUCGUCUCCAACCUCAUCAAGAUCCGCCUCAAACCCAAAGUCCUUUUAAACCACUAUAUGCUUUGUGUGAGGGAGCUCCUCAAUGCCCACCGGGAUAACCUGGGCACCAUGGUGAAGCUAGUGAUCUUCAACGAGCUGUCCAAUGCCCGGAACCCCAACAACAUGCAGGUCCUUCACACGGUCCUGCAGCACAGUCCUGAACUGGCGCCCAAGUUUCUAGCCAUGGUGUUCCAAGACUUGCUGACCAACAAAGACGACUACCUCCGGGCGUCCCGAGCUCUGCUGAGGGAGAUCAUCAAGCAGACCAAGCACGAGAUCAACUUCCAGUCCUUCUGCCUGGGGCUCAUGCAGGAACGGAAGGAGUCUUCCUAUGUAGACAUGGAGUUUAAGGAGCGCUUUGUCAUCCAGGUGACGGACCUCCUCACGGUCUCCAUGAUGCUGGGCAUUACUGCCCAGGUGAAAGAGGCCGGCAUCGCCUGGGACAAAGGAGAGAAGAAGAAUCUGGAGGUGCUGCGUUCCUUCCAAAACCAGAUAGCCGCCAUCCAGAGGGACGCAGUGUGGUGGCUCCACACGGUGGUGCCCACCAUCAGCAAAGUGGGCCCCAAGGACUACGUCCACUGUCUCCACAAGGUCCUCUUCACAGAGCAGCCAGAGACGUACUACAAGUGGGACAACUGGCCCCCAGAGAGCGACAGAAACUUCUUCCUGCGCCUCUGCUCGGAGGUGCCCCUGCUGGAGGACACGCUGAUGCGCAUCCUGGUGAUCGGCCUGUCCCGAGAGCUGCCCCUAGGCCCUGCCGAUGCCAUGGAGCUGGCGGACCACCUAGUGAAGAGGGCCGCCGGCGUGCAGUCCGACGAUCUUGAGGUGCUGAGGGUGGAGAGGAUCCAGCUUAUCGAGGCUGUACUCAACCUGUGCACUUACCACCACCCAGAAAACAUCCAGCUCCCGGCAGGGUACCAGCCCCCGAACCUGGCCAUCUCGACGCUGUACUGGAAGGCCUGGCUCCUCUUGCUUGUGGUGGCUGCCUUUAACCCCCAGAAGAUAGGAAUGGCUGCCUGGGACGGUUAUCCCACCCUGAAGAUGCUGAUGGAGAUGGUCAUGACCAACAAUUAUACAUACCCCCCCUGCACGGUGGCUGACGAGGAGACCAAGACGGACAUGAUCAGCCGCGAGCUGCAGAUCUCCCAGCGGGAGAAGCAGGAGAUCCUGGCGUUCGAGAGCCACCUGGCAGCUGCCUCCACCAAGCAGACCAUCACCGAGAGCAACAGCCUGCUGCUGUCGCAGCUGACCAGCCUGGACCCGCAGGGGCCCCCUCGCAGGCCACCUCCACACAUCCAGGAACAGGUGAAGAGCCUCAACCAGUCCCUGCGCCUGGGCCACCUGCUCUGCCGCAGCCGCAACCCGGACUUCCUGCUCAACAUCAUCCAGAGACAGGCCUCGUCACAAUCCAUGCCCUGGCUGGCCGACCUUGUGCAGUCCAGCGAGGGCUCCUUGGACGUGCUGCCCGUGCAGUGCCUGUGUGAGUUCCUGCUGCACGACGCCGCCGACGAUUCGCCGCCCGCCGAAGAUGAAGACGAGGGAGAGAGCAAGGAGCAGAGAGCCAAGAAAAGACAGCGGCAGCAGAAGCAGAGGCAGCUCCUCCUGCGUCUCCAGGACCUGCUCCUGGGCCCCAAGGCGGAUGAGCAGACCACCUGCGAGGUGCUCGAGUACUUCCUGCGACGUCUCAGCUCCCCGCAGGCGGCCUCCAGGGUGCUGGCCAUGAAGGGUCUGUCAUUGGUGCUGACGGAGGGCGGCCAACGGGACGGCGAGGAGCGAGAGCAGCCAAUGGAGGACGACUCGCGGGACGCGGAGCUGCUGCCGGGCUACCAGUGGCUGCUGGCAGACCUGCCGAGGCUGCCGCUGUUCUCGAGCGUGAGGGCCAUGGCCGCCAGCGCCCUGCAGCAGGCCAUUCACGUGGAGACGGACCCCCAGACCAUAAGCGCAUACCUCGUCUACUUGUCCCAGUACUCACCGGUGGAGCAGCAGGCCGUCCACAAUGACCUAGCCCUGGACGUGGCGCGGCUCAUCGUGGAGCGUUCCACAAUCAUGAACAGCCUCUUCUGCAAGCACGCGUACCGGCUCGAGUCUGACGCCGUGCUCUCCGCCCUCCUGUCCAUCUUCUCCACCUACAUCAGGAGGAUGAGAAAGACGAAGGAAGGGGAGGAUCUUUACAGCUGGUCGGAGUCCCAGGACCAGGUGUUCCUGCGCUGGACCACGGGGGAAACAGCCACUAUGCACAUCCUGGUGGUCCACGCCAUGGUCAUCCUGCUGACGCUGGGCCCCCCUAAAGGGGAAAGCGAUUUCUACAACCUUCUGGACAUCUGGUUCCCUGAGAAGAAGCCCCUCCCCACCGCCUUCCUGGUGGACACCUCGGAGGAGGCCCUGCUGCUGCCUGAUUGGCUGAAACUAAGGAUGAUCCGGUCGGAGGUCUCCCGAUUGGUUGACGCAGCCCUGCAGGACCUGGAGCCCCAGCAGCUGCUGCUCUUUGUUCAGUCCUUCGGGAUUCCCGUGUCCAGCAUGAGCAAGCUGCUGCAGUAUCUAGACCAGGCCGUGACCCAUGACCCCCAGACGCUGGAGCAGAACAUCAUGGACAAGAAUUACAUGGCUCAUCUGGUGGAGGUGCAGCAUGAGCGAGGGGCCACCGGGGGGCACACUUUCCACAGCUUGCUCAGUGCCUCUCUCCCGCCCAGCAGAGAUGCCACUGAUCCGAGUCACGCUAAGGCUCCAGUGGAAACGGCUCAUGGUCCAGUGAAGAUCCGCGCAGCCAGUAAAGUUCCAGCGAUUAGUCUUGAUGAUGACUUCACUGCAAUACUACUUCAGCUCUUCCCCCUCAAGGUGGACCCCCGCUGGCCCGCCUCGCCCCCCCGCCAGCUCUCCCUGGCCCUUCAGCAGGCUCUGGCCCAGGAGCUUUCCUGUGCUCGCCAGGGCCAAUACCAGUCUGGGGGCGUGGCUUCCCACCUGCUGCAGGCCCUCAUGGGCCUCCUGGGCUCCGCCCACGUCGGCCCCCUAGUGGCUGCCAUGCACCGGGGACACGCCCUCUCCUGCCCUCUUCUGCGCCUGCUUCACCAGUACCAGCGUCGUGUGCCCCAGGACGUCGCCUUCUCCUCGCUCUUCUUCAAGGCCGUGCUGGAGAUGCUCACCUGGAUGGAGAGCCCCGGCGUGGAGGCGGGGCCUUUGCUCUCCGUGCUCAAGUCCUUCGCUACGCAGUUCUCCCAUAAGCACCGCCUCACCGAUGCCCGCGCCGGCUUCCUCCACCUGGCCGAGGCCCUGGCGUACCGGCGGGACUCGGACAUGGCCGUGCGAGCAGUCAUCGCCACCCUGCGCGCCGGGGAUGCCUGCAACGCAGAGCCCGAGGUCAUAAGCAAAGUGUUGCAGGGGCUAAUCGCGGCCAGGUCCCCUUACCUGGAGGAGCUUCUGUCCUUACUGAUGACAGUCGGCAUGGAAACGGGAGCCGCCAGCACGGUGGGCCCUGUCGCCAUGGUGACCUCCAUGCUCCUCCAGGAGACCGAGGAGAGGGCCGUGAAAAUGGAAGUGGACUCUAACAACUCCGAGGUGACGACGGCAGGCUCCGCUUCUGGGCUGCUGGUUGAUUGGCUGGAGCUGCUGGACCCUGAGGUCACCUCCAUCUGCCCAGAUAUUCAACAGAAGCUGCUCUUCGCGUUGGACAAGGGUAAGGGCAGCCAAGUGGGGCUGGGCCCAUCCUACAGGCCCUAUCUCCUGGCCCUGCUGACCCACCAGUCCAACUGGAGCACCCUACACCAGUGCAUCAGCGCCCUGCUCAGCAAGCAGAAGGAGCUGAGGUUAGAUCCCACGUUCGCCCUGGACUUCCUGUGGGCUUGCAGCCGCAUCCCCCGGAUCUGGCAGGGCCGUGACCAGAAAACACCUCAGAAACGCAUGGAGAAGUUCAUGCUGCGCCUGACAGCACCGGAGCUCAUCAGCCUGGUGGACCUGAUCCUGUGCGAGUCGGAGAUGAGCGCCCAGGCCCCCGGGGGCCACGAGUCUGCCUCCUGCUCCCUCAUCCAGUCCCGGCUGCCCCUGCUUCACAGCUGCUGCCACGGGGGCCUGCAGAACGUCAAGAAGGUGUCCGAUUACCUCAUCAACUACAUCAAGAGCUGGGGUGACAGCGUGAUGAGUAAGAGGUGUCAGAGUCUGCUGCUGCAGAUCUACCUUCACUUCCCGGAAGUCAUCCAGCACGUCACUCUGCCCAGCAGUACCCUGAACAGCGAGGGCCAGGCCGAUGGCAGCACCUGCAAGCUGGACGUGCUGGUGCAUCGGCUGAUCACGCUGCUGUCUGACUCUGGAGACUCCAAAUCAGCGGAGAACCGUGUGUCGGAUGCCAACCUGGCCUGCAGGAAGCUGGCCGUGUCCCACCCCGUGCUUCUGCUCAGGCACCUGCCCAUGAUCGCAGCCCUCCUGCGAGGGCGCACCCACCUCAACUUCCAGGAGUUCCGGCAGCAGAACAACCUGACCUUCUUCAGCGAUGUGCUGGCCAUCCUGGACCUGCUGCAGCCGCUGGUCUUCCGUGCCGAACAGCAGGAGGCGCUGCAGGACUCCCUCCUCUCCUUCAUUCAGGUCCUGCAGAACUUCCGGAAGUAUUCCAGGCUGCUGUCCGUCUUUGUCAACAAGUUCGUGCAGUUCAUUCAGAAGUACAUCACUCACGACGCCAGUGCUGCAGUUCCUUACCUGCAGAAACACUCUGACAUCCUACAGGGGCUCUCCUCUGAGAACCCUGACCUGGUGCAGCUCAAGUCUCUGCUUGCUGGCCUCACCCUACCUGUGAAGGCGGGGCCUUCGGAGAGCGCUGCUGACGACAGGGAAGAGGACGCCCCCGCAGGAUCCCUGCCCCUGGUCAGCAUCUCGGCCUCUGCCCCACUCACCGCCGCCGAUAUGACCAAGUACCUGAAGAAGAUCUCCAUGGGCGAAGCCGUGGAAGACAUCCUGGAGGCCCUGAGCGAAGUGGACGAGAAGUCCAAGAGGAACCCUGAGAUAAUCCAAUACUUCACGAACGACCUGCAGAGGCUCAUGCAGUCCCCCGAGGAGCUGUGUCGCAACAUGGCCUUCAACCUGGCACUGCGCUGCAUCCAGAGCAACCCCAGCAUGGCCACCGAUUUCCUGCCCACCGUCAUGUACUGCAUGGGCAGUGGCAACUUUGACGUGGUCAACACGGCCCUGAGGAACCUUCCAGAAUACGUGCUGCUCUGUCAAGAGCACGCCGAUAUCCUGCUACACAAAGUGUUCCUGGUUGGCAUCUACGGCCAAAUCGACACCAGCUCCAUGAUCUCCGAGUCCAUGAAGGUUCUCCGCAUGGAAUCAACCACCUGAAUCCGGGAGGAAUCCCCCCCGACCUCAUCCGUCGGCUUUGGAGGGAGCUGCAGAUGAAUCUGUUUUUGUUUUUAAAAAACAAACAAACGAACGAACACCUGCACUUGUCUCACGCAGAGCCUUUCAGCUGCUUAUUUCGGCUUCCUCCACGUGAUUGGAAGCAUCCAGCCAAAUGUUUUUUUCGCCUCUCAGAGAGACGGAAUUCUUUCAGCUCGAUUUUUGCAAUGGGUUAGCUUCUGUGCGCACGGUGUUUUACGAGUGAUCACGAAACUUGGGUAUUUGUUUAUAAACGCCUGACUUAUCAGUAUCUGCACAAGGGAGGGGGGGUAGCAGACUUUAAGGUAUUUGCUGUACCUGGGAAUUACUGUAGGGAAUUAGUGUCACACCACUGUCCUACUUAGGACUGUCCAACACUUUGCCUGUUCAGAUUUUUUAUUAAAAUCUUUAGAAAAUCA